AUGAGGAACGCCGUGUGUCCCCCUCAGUCCGUCAGCCCGGCCGAUCUCUCCGCACUCCUGCAGCUGUCCCGGCGCCAAUUCCUUCCUUCCAUUGGCUUCAUCCACUACCCGGCUGCAUUGGUGCUGCGCUUCCCGCAGCUCGUGCAGCUCUCCCGAUGCUUCACGUCAUGCACGUCGGACGGACUAAGAGAUGCACGGUUUGGCGAUCAAGCUUUAUAUCUGGGCGCCUCCCGUUAUGCUCAUGAAGCUCAGACGAAUCCUGCGCUGGCCUGGUAG